AUGGUUCUCGUGACAACGUUAUUCUCGCUUUUCACAGUUUCUCUAUGCAGGAGUAUACCACGCUCUCGCCUAUCAUCCUCCCCUUAUACACAUGCCUCGGACCUUAAAAUCCAUGACCCCACUGUCAUAGAGGUAGACGGGACGUAUUAUUCUUACGGCGUGGGAGAGCACAUUGUUAUUCACGAGGCACCCCAUCUAGCUGGGCCAUGGAAGCAAGUCGGAAGCGUUCUAGACAAAGAUAGCAUCAUCCCAAAGGGUGACCGCGCAAAACCCUGGGCUCCAACAACCGUCGAGGUGAACGGUACAUUCUAUUGCUAUUACUCGGUCAGCAAUGCUGGAUGUCGUGACAGCGCCAUUGGUGUGGCUACAUCCCAGUUGCCAGGCCCAGGCGGAUGGACCGACCACGGAGCUGUCGUUCAGAGCGGCACAGGUCCUGCCGCGGACCAAUAUCCGUUCAACGAAGUCAAUGCUAUUGACCCCGCUGUCCUAGUAACCGAGGAUAUGGGAUACCUGAUCUUUGGCAGCUAUUGGUCUGGCAUCUGGGAAGUCCCUUUGAGCCAAGAUCUUGUCUCGGCGGGUAACGCAAGUCGAUCCAACGCACAUCAUUUAGCAAAACAUCCGCAGGCUGCGCGUGUACAGUCAGACGGUGAGAAUCCUGAUCCGCUCUGUCGGGAGCCAUCCGGUCGCCAUCCAGUCGAAGGAGCCUAUAUGACCUAUCGCGCACCGUACUACUAUCUGUGGUUGAGCUGGGGAACGUGCUGUGAUUAUGAUCCCAACAACCUUCCACCCCCUGGAGAAGAGUACAGCAUUCGCGUCGGACGAUCCCAGAGCCCUCACGGUCCAUUCGUAGAUAAACAAGGAGAAGAGCUCACCCACGGUGGAGGAGAACUCAUAUAUGGAUCGAACAAUGAUGUGUACGCACCAGGAGGGCAAGGUGUUAUAGCAGGCGAAUUCAGAGACAUUCUGUACUAUCACUAUUUGAAUACUAGCAUCAGCUACGAUUUCUGGGAAGCCUGGCUGGGAUAUAGCUACCUGGGAUACGUCGAUGGCUGGCCUAUUGUCCUGAAGUCUACUGACCUUGGGAUGCUUUGA